UUAUCUAUAGAGAGAUUGAGAAGGUUGUAGAAGAGAUAGGCCAUGAACAUAUAGUUCAAAUCGUAACCGAUAAUGGGUCCAAUUAUAAAAAAGCUUGCAAAACCCUUAUAGAAGAACCAAAGUACUCUCAUAUUGUUUGGCAACCGUGUACUGCUCACACCGUCAAUCUUAUGUUAAAAGAUAUAGCCAAGUUUCCUGAGGUUGAUGUGAUAGUCAAGAGUGCCAAGACAAUCUGUAGGUUCUUGCAUAAGCACAAUAAUCUACAUGAUAACAUGAAGAAGAACAUAGGUGGUGAACUAAUUAGACCAAAUGCCACCCGGUUUGGGACUGUCUUCAUGUUCCUUGAGAGUUACCAUUUGAAGAAAGAUAAAUUUAGGGAGUGGAUGGUUUCUCAGGAUUGGAAGGAGUGUCAGUGGAGCUAUGAGCCUGGAUACGUGUUUUCUGAAGAAUGUUUGUCUAGUAAUGUUUGGUGGAAUGCACUAGAGUGGGUACUAGGUUCGUUAAGGCCACUUUAUAAGGCCAUGAGGUAUGCUGAUACGCAGAAACAAUGCACUCUUUCUGGCUUCAAAAAAAGUAUGAUGCUCGCUAUACAACGGAUGGAAGCACAUCUAGGCCCUACAUCAAGGUUGUACCUUAGUUUCAUGCGCAAGGUGUGCAAGAGGAUAGAUGCAAUGUAAGAAGAUACGUUUAUGGUUGCAGCUGCCGUCCUUGAUCCAUAUACACAUUAUAGCCUCAACCUUUGCAACCAUACAAAUUAUGCUACUGCACUAACAGAUGCGAUAGCGAAGAUAUUAGAUCCAAAGAGUGCUCUUUCAGCCAUUGAUGAAGUUAGUAAGUUUAGGGAGUGCCAAGGAAGGUUUGGGACCAGAUUAGCACAAGAAGCUGCGGCGAGAAUGGAGCCAACCCAGUGGUGGUUUCAAUUUGGAGGGGAUGUUCCUGCAUUGCAGAAGUGCGCAAUGAGAAUUUGCUCACAAUGUGUCUCAUCUAGUGGGUGUGAGAGGAACUGGAGCGCCUUUGCUUUGGUGCACACAAAGCCAAGAAAUCGCCUUUUAUAUGACAAGCUCCACAAGCUAGUUUCUGUCCGCUACAACCUAAAGAUACGAGCUGAAGAAGAUCAAGAGAAAGAGAGAGAUAUAGAUAAAGAGGUUGAUCCAAGUGCACUGCUGAUAGAUACAACAAUGUUCGAUGAGACAAAUCCAAUAAUGGAGUGGCUGAAUGAGGAUGAAGAGGAUCCAAUUUUGGAUGGAGCCGAUGCGGCCAGUGCUGUUUUUGAGAAAAUAAGGCGCCUCAACUCAAGCAGGAAGGAUUCUUAUGUUGGUACAAAGGCUAAUAAGAAGAAAAGAAAGAGGAAUCAUGAUGAGGAGAAUGAGUAUGUCGAAACUGACAGUGAGGAUGACGACAACGAGAAUGAAUAUGUUGAUAAUGAGAGUGAGGAUGAUGAUGGGGUGAGUGAGGAUGAUGAGGAUGAUCAACAAGAUCAGCAAGAAACACAAAUGCAAGUGGAAGAAGAGACACAAGUACAAGUUGAAAAGGAGACACAAGCAAGCAUUGGCAAUUUGGAGACUCGUAGAUCUGGACGACUUGUUAGGAAGAAGACCAAGGAAGUCAACAGCCUCUACUCGUAGAUUUGCUGGAGCUUGGAGCAUGAUGCUAGUUGGAGGCUUGGAGCAUGGAAGCUGGAGCUUUUUCAAUGGAACAAGACCUCCCCGUCCAUGCUUUCAUGGAUUUCUUUUGGAGUUGUUGUUCGUUGUGAUGCUUUGAUGGUUGUCUUUUGGAGCUGUUUCUAUAUGAAAUCCUUUAAAUUCCUAGAGUUGGUUGUACUGAAGUAUUUAAACUUUGAACUAUGAUGUGAUGGUUGUGGACUGUAAGUUUAGAACUAAUGUGCGUGAGGGUCAUAUUGGACUGACGCUCUUAUUUUAAUCCCUAGAGCUAAUUUGCUAAACAUUAUAUGAUUACUCCUGAUGGUUG